UUUUUUUUUUUUUUUGUAUGUGAGAUUUGACGCAUUAGAGUGAUUCGAUCGAGGAUGCUUUAGAAUGUUGUCCUCUUCGGUGUCAACUCCGUUCAGCGUUCGUGAUAUUCUCAGCGAAGAUCAACAGCUUGGCGUCAUGGAUUGUUACACGCAUCAUCAAAAUCAAGCUCAACAACAUGUGCAUCAAGAUUAUUAUUCGUACAAUGUUGUGCCUGAAAACAAUUGGGAAAUGGACAAAUUUAAGGAUCAACCGAUGCCCAGCUAUCAACAUUAUCCGGAUCUCAAUCAUGUUCACCAGUUGAGCCAGGUGGUACCGCCAUAUCAAGAAACAUCUAUCACUGAAGAUGGUAACAUUGUUACGUCCAGUAAAACGGAACUGCGCAAAAGUCAAUCUGGUAAAAGAACGAAGCGGAAGCCAAGAGUGUUAUUCUCGCAAACACAGGUUUAUGAACUGGAACAGCGAUUCAAACAGCAGAGAUAUCUAAGCGCACCUGAGAGAGAAAUGUUGGCCCAGACUCUGAAGUUAACCAGCACUCAAGUGAAGAUUUGGUUCCAAAACCGACGGUACAAGAAUAAACGCGCCCGGCUCGAGGACGCCGAAAAGUUGCAGGCGCAGAACAUGAAAAAUCAACCCUUGAAGAAGAUCGCCGUACCGAUCCUGAUCAAGGAUGGUAAACCCAACGUACAGGAAACGUCUUACAACGCAUCUUAUUGGCCAAAUAUCCGAACAGAUCUAAGCGCCCCGAUGCAGACGGAUUUUAGGACGAAUGACAUCCGUCUUAGUCCCGAUUUCAGGCCCAAUUCGAGCGAGGUGAGAAUUGAUUCCAAUAUUAGCCCGGAAUACAAGCCAGAGGUAAAUUCGGACAUACCUGGAAGAUCAAGCCUGAAUGAUAUGACGGACAGACAGCACAUUCCGGAAUACAGGAGCAAUUUCGUAACGGAAACUUCAUCGAAUGUGCACGAUUGCGGUCGAUUAAUUAAAACAGAAUUCAAAACAUGCGCGAGUAAUAGCGAGGUUAUAUCGUAUCCGGAUCUGAAAAAUAUUCAGUCCGACAGCAAACAUCAGCUUAUGGCUGACAGGCGGAUGUCAAUGGACGUCUCUAAUGGUGAAUAUGGAUUUUCGAAUUAUCUUGCGCCCACUAAUUAUCAAAUGCAAUACGUGAAUUACAUGGAGCAGGUACCUAUGGAUCAAAACUUGCAGCGAUUAUGGUAAAUCACUUGGGAGAGAAUUAUUUGUCAAGAAAGUCUGAGUAAUUAAACUUAUGACUUCUACUUUCAGAUCUACAGUGACUUAAUAAAAAUAACUUAGAUUUAAGCAACUAAUUAGGUUAUCACUUGAAUUAAUUAAAGUAAUCUAUUAAAUUAUAUGUUGCUAAGGAGAAUUCCUCAUUUACAAUAAAAUAUAAUAAAUAUUUAGACUUAUCAAUCCAAUUAUCAAUAUCGAUCGGUAAUUAAUUUAGAGUUGGUACGAUGAUAAUUGAUAAAAAGUAAUUUAACCUUCGAAAUUGCAUUAUUUUA